AUGAGUAUUGCAUUUCCAUAUGGAUAUACUUAUUCAUCAAUUAACGUAAUUAAUGUUAACAAUGGUUGCUAUAUUGCGAAAUCCCUUUAUUCAUCAAAUAUUGAAUCGACCCUGGUUCGUCUAAACGAAUCAAGAUGGACACAACUAUUUAUGCUUAUUGCUAUCUUGCAAGUCAUUACAAUCAUUAUUCUGGAACUUAGAGUGUAUUCACGUAAUGUUGACAUUGAACGAAGCUUGAAUAGUGUGGGCAAUAUAACUGUCGAAUUGGAUUUAAACGCUACUUGUAUAUUUCAACCUUCAUAUAUUCAAUGGGUAGAAGUCAAGAAAUGGUAUCUUGACUUUGAAGAGGAUUGUCCGAAUAGAUUACCUUUGCAUACACAGUUUUUGAAAUACGAUGCACCUGUGAUAGUCGCAUUAUUAUUAUUUUCAAUUAUCGUGGGAUUUAUAUGCUUUAAAUUAUACCAGCAAUUUGGUUGGAAUAUUUACAAAAAAAUUGGUGCUGAUUUAUCCAUGCAAGACGAAAGUUUUUUAGAUGAAUCUCAACGCAAACGAAUUUCUAUUGAAGAUUGA